AUGCAGAAUAUUGUGGAUCGAGAAUGGUAUAAAUUGCAGGCGGAUUGGCUGCAGAAGACACAUUUCGCAGACGACGAUUAUCAGUCCAAGAUGUUCAAGAUAUUGGCAUUUUUGAGUGGCUAUGGCUUGCUUCUGGUACUAGCCCAGGAAUUCCCCUCAGAUGUGGAGCUGAGUGAGCUCACACCAGAGGAGCAGGUGACCAUGGAGCCCAAAAUCAAUUGGCUGCCCGUUUGGGUGCCACCAGAGGUGCACGAGCAAGACUUUCUGGCGCGUCAGGCGCGUGAUGUGGAGCCGGAGAUCGCCAUUACGCUGAAUCCGGAUGCAGUGGAAAGCUUGACCAUUGAACCGUUGAAGGAAGAGCACGACACUACGACUGUGGCGCCAUUGGAGGAGCGUGAGCGUGAUGGUGAUGGUGAGUGUCCCAGCACAACCCAACGCGGACUCAUGAAGCUGAUACGCGAUGCUCGCAGUUUGCUGCCCGCCGAUAGCCUGCGGAAUAUUCUGGCUAAUGCGGUCAGUGAUCCCGAGGUGCGCCAACUGAUAACACUGUUGCGCGGGGACGAUUUCAGGGCGCGUGUGGCUCGUCUGCGUAGUACCAAGGAGCACAACUCACUGCUGGAAUUCAUCUGCAAGCGUCUGCGUCUGAACUACGACUACUAUGUGGAUUGGGCACGCAUCUUCCUCAGCAUUCAGCAGACGGUGGAGCCGACCAAACCGCUGCCCAAUCGCCGUCGUGGUGUGCGGGGCCUGCUCCUGGACUUGCGUGAUGAGCUGCCCAGAAAAGCGCUGCGCGAUCUCUACAGUCGCCAACUGGCUGCUGAUGGUCAGUUGGCCACGGCUGUGCGCCUUAUUCGCAGCACCGAGUUCCGUCGUCUUUUGCGUGAAUAUCGCGCACGUCGUGAGUAUCGUGAGGUGCGUGCCUUACUGGAACGCGCUGGUGUACCCCUACAACAGGUCCUUCAACUGGUGGCCAGUGCCUUGGGCUGGGGAAAUGUUGAUUUGGGUGGCGAGACUCUCAUUCUUAAUGUCUGAAGUCCGAAUAGGAAGUUGGAAAAAAGCUGCGAGUAUAUGCAAUUUUUAAUUAUAAUUUUAACCAAAACUUUAUCCAAACUAGUGGUAUAUCUACAUACCUACAUAAUAAAAACUGUAUAAUUAAUAUUAAUAAAUGCUGCUGUUAUUAUCAA